AUGUCUCCAGCUUCAGUCCCCAAACCCAGAAUCUCAUCAGAGUGUAACUCUAUUAACUGCACUCUGACCUGUGAGGUCAACAUCACUGAGGACAUGAAACCUGUUGAGUUCUUCUGGAAAAUUAAUGGUAACCAAAGACCUGGAACCAAAGAGCUGAUCAUCACUAAGGAGACUGGGAGAGAUUUCAGCUGUACUCUGAAGAACAAUGUCAGCUCUGAGGACAGCUCAGACAUGAAGAACCCUUUAGAGACAGGAAACAACACUCACACAAUCAUCGCCGUCAUUGUUGGUGGUCUCUCAUUUCUCGGUCUUGUCCUCCUCGUGGGUUAUUAUUGUUACAAACGCAGAAAACUCGACCCAGAGGAGCCAUCCAGGGACUGCCAGACAGAAGAGUCGUUGGAAAUGACUCCUCUCAAUGUGGAAAUGGUGCAGCUUCAUCCAGGUGAUCAGGCUCCUCCCCUUAUCUCCAACGGGACAUCCAGCCACUUUGUGGAGGAAUCUCCUUCCAGCCAGAAUCCAGCGUCUCCUCCUUGCAAUGGAGUCCAUGGAGGUGAUUGAUGGUGAAGAUGGAAGCAAAAGUGCAACACCAGAACUGCAAUGUUAUUAUUAUUGAGUUUGUAGUUAAAUGUGAACGUCUUUGUCUGUAGGUUCAGAUGAUUCUGAAGACAGCAGAGAUUGUAGCUGAAGUUUAUCUCAACUUGUCUUCAUGCAGACCACUGCAGGACAACAAGGCAGCGGUUUAAAUUUAAGGUUUUU